GAAGAAGACUCACGGAACCCGGAUGGGAUGUUUCACUUUCAACAGUGGGUGGCGCGUUUUCUCCAUCCUGAACUCUAACCUCCCCAUGCCUGUAUAAAUUUCAUUUUCAAAACAAGAAUUGAUGCACAACAAGAUGCUUCUGUGUUGAUGGGAGUUUCCCCCUGUUCCCCCCUACUUUGAGAGACCCACCUCCCAUUCUGAAUUACGAUGAGCCUGGCUCUACACGAACUGCUGCUGUGUUGCAGGGGGUUGGAAAAUGACAAGGCUACAGAGAGAAAAAGGGAAGUUGACAAUUUCAAGAGGCUCAUUCGGUCCAGUGACACUGUGGAGGAGCUGGACCGGACCUCCGGUACCAGAGUAGCUCAAGGCUCCAGGCAGCUCACCUGGGAUGCUGUCUUCAGGUGUCUACAGAAGUACCUUCAGAAGGAGACUGAGCUCCUCAAGGGUGCGAAGGCCAACGUGUCGGCCACCACGCUGACCAUCCGGCAGAAGAAGAUGCGGGAGAUCAGCAGCCUGGUCAAAUACUUCAUCCGCUCAGCCAACAAAAGAGGGCCUCGCCUUAAGUGCAGUGAGGUUCUGAACCAUGUGAUGGAGGUGCUGGGUGUCUCCUUCAGCUGCUCCGCCUAUGGAGAGGACUACAGCAGUAUCCUCCUCAAAGACUUCCUGUCCGUACGCAAGUACUGGUGUGAACUCACCCAGCAGCAAUGGCACAGCUUGUUGGAGCUGUAUUGUGGCCUGUUCACCCGCACCACUCAGGCUGUCAACCGUGUGUUGCUGAGCAGAAUCAUCCACACGGCCGUGCUGGGCUGCUGUGUGCAAACGGACGGCAUGACAAACAUGCUCUUCAGCUUCUUCUCCAAAGCACUGCUCAACGCCAGGCAUGAGAAACAUUUGGCGGUGGUGGAGCACUUGGUCGCGGCUUUGAACGUCUUCCUGCGUUCGGCGGCCAUGAACUGUCGCAUGAGGGUGUGUCGGCUGGGGGAGGAGCUGCUCCCCUCGGCGCUCUACGUGUGGACGGAGAUGAGGCCCAGCUCCGCCCUCAAGGAGGAGCUAGUGGAGCUGUUCAACCUGCAGCUGUGUGUCCACCACCCUCACGGUGCCAAGACACCAGACACGGGCGCCCAUGCCGAGGGCUGGCCCAGGUGGCCGAGGCUGCUGUACAACCUGUACGACGCCCUGGUGAGGGAGAUCAGCCACAUUGGCAGCCGGGGGAAAUAUGCCACAGGGUCACGCCACAUCGCCGUCAAGGACAACCUCAUCGAGCUAACCGCCGACAUCUGCCACCAGCUCUUCAGCGAGGAUCCCAACCUCCAGAUCAUGGAGGUGACCCAGGCGUACCUCCUUGCCACCCAGAAGGACAGCCCCCAGGGCACGCCCAGCAAGCGCAGGCGCAUCGAGCUGGGCUGGGAGGUCCUCCGAAACCACCUGCAGCCCCACCAGAACGACUUCGACAUCGUUCCAUGGUUACAGAUCACCUCGGUUCUGACCUCCAAGUACCCGUCCAUGGUGCCCAGCCAGGAGCUGGUGCCCCUGCUGUCUCUGCUGCUCCUGCUGCUGGGGGAGCAGAAGCGCGGGGAGAGGGGCCCCUACGUGCUGCGCUGCCUGAGGGAGGUGGCCCGGUGCCAGGCCGACCACCCGGAGCGCUCCCAGGCCUGCGGGGCGGAGCUGGGCCGGCUGUGGGCCCGCGUGUGGGCCCUGGCUCUGCGUGCCGUCAGCUCGCCCCACACGGAGGCCCUCAGCCUGGAGCUGCUGGCCACCAUCGUCCAGGGAGGGCUCAUCCCCACGGAUAGAGAGUUCUGGAAGCUGUUCUCGGGGUCCGCCUGCAAGCCCUCACCGGCAGCUACACUCUGUCUGGCCCAGGCCCUGCUGAAGGGCCCGGUUCCUAAGAGCCUGGGCAGGGGCUGGGAGCCCCCGGGGCCAGCGGAGGGCUGUGGGCCCCCCAGCCUGAAGGAGAGCAUCAGGAACUGGCUGCUGAUGAGUGAGCAGAGCGAGGACGCUGAGGAGAGCUUCAGGCCUCACCCCAUCAUCUGCAGGGAUCUUCCUCACAACCUGGUGCCCAGGAUCCUGGUGGCGUUGACCCUGAAGGACACGCGAGCUGGCAUGAGGUUCCUCUCCGGAGCUCCACAGCCGGAGAGUGCCUUGACCCGCUACCAAGUGUUACCCGGGGCCGAUGCCACCUUGAAGGAGGUUGAGAGCCUUUUUCUGCAGUUCACCUUCAACGACGUGACCCCUGACCUCACGGCCCGGGUGCAGGGGGGGGCGGUGGGCUCAGCUGAGGCCCAGCUCACCGUGGUCGCCGGCCUCAAAGACCAGAUGGAGAAGGCCCUGCUGGCUGUGGCCGACAAUCUGCUCAACUGCUUCUCCCCAGAUUCUCUGACCACGCCCCCAGAGUGCGUGCUCCGCUGCUGUGCCCUCCUGACCGGGCUCCUGGCCGGGUACGUCUCCACCGGGGUCCUGAGCGAGGAAGACGCCUGCCAUUCCCAACUCUUCCUCAAAGCCAAGUCGCUGGCUCAGGACUUCAGCGAGUACGUCUCCACCGUCAAGGUGAAGAUGGCGGAGGACGGUACCAUGGCAACGCUCAGGUCCAUCAUGAGGCUGUGCACUGCGUGUGUCAGCCGAGGCGGCACGGACAAGAUGAGCGCCGUCGCGUCCAGCUUGUUUGCGAAGAUUCUCUCAGCCAGACUCCUAAACGAGCUCGCGGAAAUCUGCAAACUAUUGCUGGUCAGCCAGGGGAAGGCAGGCAGCGGGGCGCUGGUGGAGGAGGAGCAGGGCGAGGAGGAGUGGGCCGGGGUCCGGACGCAGGCCGAGCCGGCCCCGGAGGACAUCGACCUGUUUGACGACGGGGACGGAGCCCACGCCAGCGCCCGCCCCCCCCUCCGCUCCGGCGGGGACACCUCCCAAGAAGGGCAGAGUGGACCAGGAGCUAAGAGCCCGCUGGCGGAGGAAGGGCUGCUGGUGCAGGACUGGGCUCUCCUGGACACGCUGGAGACGCUGGCGGCGUGCGCCUCGGCGGGCUUCAGCCACGGCCUCGCCUUCAAGCCCUCGGAGGUCAGACACAGGCUGCUGCUGCUGGUGGAGCACGUCGACUUCACCAAGCCGCUCCACCUCCGCAUGUACCUGGUCCUGCUCACGAAGCUGCCCUCUGAAGACGCAUCUCUGCCUCCAGAGGAGUUCGACACUCUGCUCAGACCGCUGGCGGACCUGUGCUCUCUGUACCGGCAGGACCAGGAGGUGUGUGCCGCCGUGCUGCUGGGCCUGCUGCCCUCCAUCAGAAGCCUGGGCCGCAGCGAGAACUCGGCCCACGACAUGAGGCACGUCCAGGGGAGUCUGCUGCAGGUGCUGUCCGGGUUCUGCCUCCUAGGAAGGACGGGGAAAUGCACGGGGACUGUGAGGGCCGCGCUGGUCCGCUGUCUGCUGGCGUUGCUGGAGGCGGACCCCGGCUGUAAGUGGGCAGUGCUAACCCUGAGGGAGGAGGAGCAGGCCGUGUCUGAACUCCUGCCCUCCAGCCUGGCGGACUCUCACCACCACGUCCGCAUGCUGGCCGCCACGUCCGUGGACAGGCUGUUUUUGGAGAUGACGCCGGGCGGCUCGGGGAAGAGCAAGAUGCUCCCUCUACGACAACAGCAGGCGGCGUUUGAGAACGUUUACCUGAAGGCCCAGGAGGGAAUGAGAGCCCAGAGGGGCAGCUCGACGGAGGAGCAGGGUGACGAGACGGUCAACCACCAAGCGGCUCUGCUGAGGAGCCUGUCUGUGGUGCUGUGCUGCAGCCCUGUGUGUGAGAAGCAGGCCCUCUUCGCCCUGUUCCAGUCCUACAAGGAGAACCACAUAGAGGAGCAGCUCAUCAAGAAGGUGUUGGGCGGGGUGUCGAGGGCGCUGGGCUACAGGACUGUGGACAGCUUCGUCUGCUCCCACCUGGACUUCCUGGUGGCUGAGUGGCUGGGCCAGAGGCAGAAGGACCCCCGCUACACGCUGGAGUCCUUCCCCUACGUCCUCCUCAACCACGCCAGCCUCACCCACUUCUACAGCUGCUCCUACCAGGUUCUGAUCCCCCACCUGGUGUUCCUGGAUGACUUUGAGCAGGUCCGCUCCAUCGGGGAGCACCUGGGGAAGGACUGGAAGGGCCUGCUGGCCGACUGCUUCCCCAGGAUCAUGGUCAACAUCCUGCCCUACUUUGCCUUGUCCAGCCAGGACGCCCAGGUCGCCCAGCGGAGAGAGAAGGCCCACCGGGUCUACGACCUGCUGAAAGACGCCAACUGUCUGGGCAAACAGCAAAUCGACAGCCUGAUUCACAGUAACCUGGCAGACAUCGUGGUGGAGCUGUUGAUGACUCUGUAUGAAGGAGCAGGCACUGAGGGAGACCCCUCAGGAGAGCUCAGAUCCUUUAUAGGGGAGUUGGACCCGGCCCCAAACCCGCCGUAUUUCAGCUCCUACGUCAUCAAAGCCACGCUGGACUACCUCAGCAAGUGUCACAGCACUAACCACAAGUCCCUGGUGGCCAUCUUGUCCAAGACCCCAAUCUCCAUCCAGCGUAUCCUGCUGGCGGUGUGCGAGAGGGCGGCGGAGACCACCAACCCCUACGAGCGCCACCGCAUCCUGCUGAUGUACCACCUGUUCGUCAGCCUGCUGCUCCGGGAGGUCCGCGACGGCCUGGGCGGAGCCUGGGCCUUCGUGCUGCGCGACAUCACCUACACGCUCAUACACCACAUCAACGGCAGGCCUGCCCAGCUGGAGGAGGUGUCCAGGCGCACCUUCUCCCUGUGCUGCCAGCUGCUGGCCUCCGUUUGUCACACGGCCGUCCAGUUCUGCGACGACGCGCUGGAGAGCCACCUGCAGGUCAUCGUGGGUACUCUCACCGCCCAGGUGACGGAGCAGGACCCUGCCGUCUCCCAGCAGGUGCUCAGUCUGUUGAAUUUCCUGGUCGUGGAUAGUCAGGACAAGUUGAAGAGCGCUAUCCAGAGGUUGGAGCCCUUCCCUGACCGCCCCGAGUUCAGAGAGCUGAGGAGAGGCCAGCGCACACUCAAAUACAGCACUGGGAACUUUACCCUCCGACAGGAGAUAGUCCACUUCCUGUCUGUGGCCUCCUGUGAUUCGCUGCCUCUCACCAGACUGGAGGGCCUGAAGGACCUGAGCCGACAGCUGCGCACCAACAAGGCCCACGUCACCGAGCUGCUCCAGGAGUGCCACGCGGAGCCAGCAGAGAGUGUCUUGGUGCAGCUGGUUCUCAACCUGCUUCAGCUGUGUAAGCUGGCAGCCAACCAUCCAGGAGGAGCCGACAUCCUGGAGGCUGCAGGCAGCUGUCUGGGAGAGCUGGGCCCGGUAGAUCUGUCCACCAUCGCCCUGCUCCAGGCCAGAGAUCCUCUCCACACCAGGGCUGCCUCCCUCUUCUCCUCCGUGGAGCCCCGGAACCUGUUCAUCAUCCUCAACUGCAUGAACAACGCUCUCACACACCACUGUAUCCAGGUGAGGAAGGCGGCGGCUCAGUGUGUGAAGAACAUCCUGGCCACACAGUCUGGGGCCGACUUCUGGGACCUGCACAAAGAUCACCGUGACCCCAUGCUGACCCACCUCAACCCCUUCAGAUCCGCCAAGAAGAAGCAGCCGUCAGCUCCGCCUGCGGAGACCAGCUCGGAGGCCCGGGACCAGCUGGAGGGCCAGGAGCUGUGGGUGCCCCAGGCCGGGGGCCACAAGGCCUGGCUCAGGACCCUGUGCUCCACCCUGCUGGACAGCGGGGGAGUGAGGAGCGAGGCCCUGCUGCUCUCUCGGCCCCUGUGCCUGGUGAGGACAGACUUCUGCCAGCGGGCUCUGCCCCUCAUCAUCCACGACAUCCUGCGGGGCGACGCGCAGGGCUCCUGGAGGACGCUGCUGUCCUCCCACAUCCAGGACUUCUUCACCCUGUGCUCCCGCCACGCCCAGGCCUCCAGCCGCCCCGCCACCCCGCUCCCCCCAGACUCAGGGGAAACUGACAUUGGCGCCCAGGGUUCCGUGGACAAGGCGUCCCUGCGUACCAUGUUGUCUGUCGUCGACUAUCUAAGACAGCAGCAGAGGCCUAUUGCCGGGGACGGGGACUUGUGUGGGACGGUGUGCGAUUCCAACUUCUGGUUGGAGCUGAACUACCUGGAGGUGGCCAGGGCGGCCCAGGCCUGCUCCGCCCACUUCACCGCCCUGCUCUAUGCGGAGAUCUACGUCGACAAGAUCCAGUUGGACAUGGAGGAGAGCCGCCGGACCCAGACGAGAGCGUCUCGCAGGCUGGCGUUUGACGAGAGCAGCCAGAACGUCACGCUCUCCAGUCUGAUGGAGAAGAGCGUGGAGGACACCGGCAUCAGUCUGCAGGACCUGCUGAUCGAGGUGUACCGCAGCAUCGGAGAGCCAGACAGUCUGUACGGCUGUGGAGGAGGGAAGAUGACCAGCCCUCUGACCAGGAUCAGGACGUACGAGCAUGAGGCGUCGUGGGGGAAGGCUCUGACCUCGUACGACCUCCACGCCAACCUUCCUGAGGUCACACGGCAAGUGGGCAUCGUGGAGGCUCUGCAGAACUUUGGUCUGAGCGGUAUCCUAGCGACUUACCUGCGGGGGCUGGAGAGCGAGGGGGUGGAGUGGGGGGCGGAGCUACGGGAGCUCCGGUUCCAGGCGGCCUGGAGGAACAUGCAGUGGGACUGUGACCUAUCAGAGAGCUCCGAAAAAUGUAAGCCAGGCUUCAACGAGUCUGUGUACUGUACCCUGCAAGCUCUAAGAGACAAAGAGUUCUCUACUUUUGACCAGACCCUGAAAUAUGCGAGGGGUGUGGAGGUGGAGGAGCUGUGCCGAGGCAGCCUGGAGGCCGUGUCUUCACUCUACCCAGCGCUCUGCAACCUGCAGAGGAUCAGCGAGCUGGACGGCGUCCGCCAGCUGUUCUCCAGGCCCUUCACAGACGCAGGGCUGACCGAGGUGUGCUGCCAAUGGCAACAGCAUUCCAAGCUCCUAUUGGACAGUGACUUCAGCCUGGUGGAGCCCAUCCUGGCCCUGCGCUCGGUCGCCCUGGAGACCCUGAUAGCUCGGCAGGGAGACCCCGACACCAGGAAGUACCUCAGCUCCGUCCUCACAGACCACCUCAUGGAGGUCUGUCAGCUGGCCCGCACAGCCGGGAACACGCAGCUGGCGGAGAGGGCGGUGUUCCAGAUGCGGCAGCGCGGCGGCGGGGGCGCGGGGUCCGCGGGGGCGGCCCGCUGGCAGCUGGAGGAGGCCCAGGUGUUCUGGGUGAAGGGAGAGCAGGGUCUGGCCCUGGGCCUGCUCCGACUGAUGAUCCACAACCUGGAGGGGCAGGCGGACUUCAACCCGGCUCUGGUGCCCGUCUUCUCUGAGGGCCUCAGGCUGUGCGGCACCUGGCUGGCUGAGACGUGCCUGGAGAGCCCUGGAGUCAUCCUGGAGCAGUACCUGGAGAAGGCGGUAGAGGUGAUGGAGGACCAGGCUGUGGGGGGCCCCCUGCAGGGCCAGAGGACCCAGGCCUUCCUGUCCCUGGCCCGCUUCUCUGACGCCCAGUACCAGAGCAUGGACAACUACAUGAAGUCCUCCGAGUUUGAGAACAAACAGGCGCUGCUGGACAAGGCCAAGCAGGAGGUGGGCCUGAUGAGGGAGCGCAAGGUCGGCAACAACAGGUACACGGUGAAGGUGCAGCGGGAGCUGGAGCUGGACGAGCAGGCUCUCUCCAGCCUGCAGGCGGACCAGCGGCGCUUCCUGUGCAAGGCCGUGGAGAAUUACAUCCUGUGCCUGGAGCAGGGGCAGGAGCAGCAGGCCUGGGUGUUCCGCCUGGCCUCCCUCUGGCUGGAGAACGGCCACGUCAAGGAGGUCAACGACAUGAUGAGGGCGGGCAUUAAGAGGAUCCCCUCCUACAAGUUCCUGCCCCUCAUGUACCAGCUGGCUGCCAGGAUGGGCACCAAAAUGUCAGCCAGCGUGGCGGAAGAUGCAGGCUUCCACGAGGUGCUAAACCAGCUGAUGUGCCGGUCGUCUCUGGAGCACCCUCACCACACCCUCUUCAUCAUCCUGGCCCUGGUCAACGCCAACAUGGAUGACGGCUGCUCCAGUGGCCGCCUGUCCAAGACCGCCUCGCGCCAGCCUUCCCAGCUAGACUUGGAGCGGUCGGAGGUGGCCAAGAAGAUCAUCAACGAGAUCAGGAAGAGGAAAGCUCCGAUGGUCCGAGGCAUCGAGCUCCUGUGUGACGCCUACAUCACUCUGGCCUACAUGGACGCCAGUCGCCACAAGGCCGAGAAGAAGGCCAUCCCAAUCCCUGCUGACCAGCCCAUCAUGAAGAUCAAGGACCUGGAUGACGUGGUCAUUCCCACCAUGGAGAUCAAGGUGGACCCCUCCGGUAACUAUGACGACCUGGUGACCGUCAGGUCAUUCAUGCCCCACUACCGCCUGGCCGGAGGGGUCAACCUGCCCAAGAUCAUCGACUGUGUGGGCUCGGACGGGAAGAGCAGACGACAGCUGGUCAAGGGUCAGGAUGACCUGCGUCAGGACGCAGUCAUGCAGCAGGUGUUCCACAUGUGCUCCACUCUGCUGCAGCGCAACACCGAGACACGCAAGAGGAAGCUCAACAUCCGGCGCUACAAGGUGGUGCCCUUCUCUCAGAGGAGCGGGGUGCUGGAGUGGUGCUCGGGCACCGUGCCCAUCGGAGAGUUCCUGGUGGACACCCAGAGAGGCGCCCACAAGCGCUUCCGGCCCCAGGACUGGACCAGCAUGGCCUGUCGCAGGAAGAUGAUGGAGGCUCAGCGGCAGGGCUUCGAGGAGAAGGUCCAGGCCUUCAGUGAGGUGUGUGAGAACUUCCGCCCGGUCUUCAGGUUCUUCUGCAUGGAGCGCUUCCUGGAUCCUGCCGUGUGGCUGGAGAAGCGACUGGCCUACACCCGCAGCGUCGCCACCUCCUCCAUCGUGGGCUACAUUGUGGGCCUGGGGGAUAGACACAUCCAGAACAUUCUUAUCGAUGAACAGACAGCGGAGCUGGUCCAUAUAGACCUGGGGGUUGCUUUUGAGCAGGGCAAGAUUCUGCCCACCCCUGAGACCGUCCCCUUCAGACUGUCCCGGGACAUCGUGGACGGCAUGGGCAUCACCGGGGUGGAGGGGGUCUUCAGGAGAUGCUGCGAGAAAACCAUGGAGGUCAUGAGGAGUUCUCAAGAGGCCUUACUGACUAUUGUGGAGGUGCUGCUGUACGACCCCCUGUUCGACUGGACCAUGAACCCCCUGAAGGCGUUCUACCUGCAGCAGCACGACGAGCAGGCGGAGAUCAACGCCACGCUCAACGCCUCCCUGGGAGGGGACGAGCUGGACGCACAGCGCAAGGCCAGCUGCGACAGCCAGAGCUUCAACAAGGUGGCGGAGCGUGUCCUGCUGAGGCUGCAGGAGAAGCUGAAGGGGGUGGAGGAGGGGGCGGUGCUGAGCGUGGGGGGCCAGGUCAACCUGCUCAUCCAGCAGGCCUUGGACCCCAACAACCUCAGCCGCCUCUUCCCCGGCUGGCAGGCCUGGGUGUAGGGGCCCCCGG